AUGAGGAGAGUUAGCUGGUCUACUGUUUUGAUCGUGGUGAUGAUGGUGUCGUUGUUGGUGGUGGAACACGUAGUGCUUCCGGCCGAGGCGGGAAGGAUUCUAACGGAGAAGUUGGGAGACGGAAGAGCGACGGUGAUGAGGGUGGACAAGAUGAAGUCGACGGUAGAUUACUGGUUUCAGCGUUUGGCUUCGGGUCCGAGUCCAAGAGGUCGCGGCCAUUAA